GCAGGAGCAGAGCUCCCGCAGGGGCGCUCGCUGGUGGGCGGGACCACCCUGGGGCCAGGGGAGGGAGACGCUCCGCGCUGCCCGGCUGCGCCCCCCUCCGCCCGCGCGGAAUGGUACGGCCCGCCCGAGGUUAAAGUAUCGGGGUGGAGGUGGCGCGUCCCGCGACGGCCCAGGCAGCGGCGACGGCGGAAUGAUGGGUCUCCGAGCGGGAGGAGCGCUGGGAAGAGCCGGGGCGGGCCGGGGGGCGCCCGAGGAACCUGGGCCGAGCGGCGGCGCGCAGGGCGGCAGCAUCCACUCGGGCUGCAUCACCGCCGUGCACAACGUGCCGCUGAGCGUGCUCAUCCGGCCUCUGCCGUCUGUGCUGGACCAGGCCAAGGUGCAAAGCCUCGUGGACACAAUCCGGGAGAAUCCAGACAGCGUUCCCCCGAUCGACGUCCUCUGGAUCAAAGGGGCCCAGGGCGGUGACUACUUCUACUCCUUUGGGGGCUGCCACCGGUAUGCAGCCUACCAGCAGCUGCAGCGAGAGACCAUCCCCGCCAAGCUUGUCCAAUCCACCCUCUCAGACCUAAGGGUGUACCUGGGUGCUUCCACACCAGACUUGCAGUAGCAGCCUCUUUGACACUUGCCACCACUAGCAGGAACCUGGAAGACACCUGGCCUCCAGUGGACUAGCCCACACAAAGGUGUAGCAGGAGUGCAUUCUGUUUGUGUGUGGCAGGAGGGUCUGGCUUGAAACACCCUCUUAGCUAGCUGCAAGACCUUGGACUCAUGACUGAACAGUGUGGGAGCCCCACUUCCCACCUUGGGGAAAAUGGGGUCCUGUGUUUGCUCUUGAGGGAUUAUAGAGAGCUGAAAUAAGAAAGGAGAUGGAUUUGGAGAGUCAUAUGCUACUGGCUCCAGAUUCCCAAGGACAAAGAUCCUUCUGCAUUUCAGUCCUUGUAUUAUAUCAUGUGAAUUCAUUCAUCUGCAAGUGAAGGAAAACCUAGGUUACAGUGACUUAAACAAAGUGAAGUUUGCUUUUCCACAUAGCAUGAAUUCUGAAGACAGCUGGCUAAUGGUACUGGUUAAACCACUCAGCAAUGUUAGGGCACACGUCUCUGAUCCUUUCAGCCUUUCCCUCAUUGCUUGUCACUUCACAGUCACUAGAUGGCUGCUGUACCUCUAGCAAUCAUGGCCAUGUCCAAGGAAGAAGGGAGUCAGGGAGGAGAAAGGGCCCAGCCAGCUGGACCCAUCAGCUUCUAUCAAAAAUUCAGGACUUUUCCAGAGGCCUGUUUCCUGCUCUCUUCCCCUGUAUAUUUCUAUAGAUCUCCUUGGCGCAAACCAGGUACAGUAGCCACCCCAACUCAAAGAAAGCUAAGACAGCAGGAACACAAUUAUCACAGUUGAGUAGAUCAAUCAUAUCCCAUCUCCUAGAACUCUCACACAGCCUCCUAAAAAAUAUUGGAAUCCCAUUGCCAAGAGAGAAAUGAGAAAUUGUGUAUCAGUUAGCCUUUGCUGAGAAACAAACAAUUCCCAAACUUGGCAGCUAAAAACAAGUUGUUUAUUUGUCUACAAUUCUGUGGGUUAUCAAUUUGGGCUGGACUCAUCUGGGCAGUUCUACUGAUCUAGCCUGAGGUCACUCAUGGGGUUGUAUGCAAAUCAACUGUCACCCAAAAUGGCCUGCAUGAUCUCAAAUAGCCUGACUCCCUUGUCUGGGCCGUAGAUGGGCUCUUGGCUGGGUGACGUGGUUCUCCUCCAGGUGGCCACUCCACCAGUUAGUUCAGGCUUAUUCUCACGAUGGCAUCAGGGCUGAGAGGAAGAGAGAGAGAGAGAGAGAGAAGUGGGACAUGCAUGGAGGGGAGGAAGAGUGAGAAAGAUGGAGAGAGAGGAGAAGCUGCAAGGGUUUUUUGAGUUCUAGGCCAGAACUGGUGUAACAUCACUUCUGCUAAGUCCUUUCGGUCACAGCACAUCAAAAGUUUGGCUCAUAUUCAAGGGCUGGGGAAACAGACUGUACCUCAUGGAGAAACUACAAAUGAUUUGUGGCAUUUUUUCUAUCUAUCAUAAAUGACUUUGGAUAGC